UUGGUCGACAGUGAGUCAUUUGACCAACGGUCGCGGGAACACUGUGAGCACGUUUGUUGUAGGUGGGAGGAGUAGCGUUCGCCAUUCAAACUAGUUUCGUAAACAAAAUCGAAUAUAUUCGGUAUAAUUUUAAGUAUUUGCGUAUUGAUCGUUUUUUACCCCCGCUUUAUUUACUUUGAUCUUAUAACGUACCGUUGUAUUUCGCGGACAUUACAUUUCGCUUUUAGCGUACUGACUCGUCUGGAGUUUGGGAGACUCGGAGAAGAAGAAGAAGCCAUUUUUUUUUUUCAAACUUGGCCGCUGUGCUCCGAGUUAGCGAGUGAGUUCAGUCGGUAAGAGCUGGUGUAACUCGGUUGUGUGGAUUUUGGGAUUGAGACUUGAUUGUAUUGUCGCAAUUUGACUGCGGAAGAGACGCAUUUUACUCAAGUGACAAGUUUAGAGGGAGUUGUAUUUCUCGAAGUGGAUCACUGGUUUGAGAGAAGUCGUUAGAUCUCCGCCGGGAGCUCACUGAGUCUCCCGUAAGUUUGAGUGGAUCGUGUUUGCUGGAAAUGCGUAGUUUACGUAUUUUCUUCUUACUGUUACCGUAAGUUUAUUCACUGAUAAUAGCGUUCGAGUACACCAUAUAAACGUGUGCGUCUGUUGUCGGUUUUGUGCAACUCUCCGAAAAAGAGAGUUCUCUGCUGGCCGAGAUGAGUUUCAGCUGCCGACGGCACGCAGACUUUUCCCCAAACCGACCCAUUCGCCAGAAGCUGCAGUUCUCGAACAGCGACGGCGAAGAGGACAGUAUCGAGGAGGCCAACAACAGCACCGGGGCCGAGUCCGGCUUCACCGAGCUGGAUUCUCCGCUGUCCCUGCGGCGAAGCAGCACGGACAAGCGACCCGACGAGUUGAACAGCAGCCCGCUGAGCCGGACCCGAGACGACGAUGACGCCGAGUCUUGGGACGAGGAAGGCUUCGGCUCUCCGUCCCAUCUGAAAGUGAGUUUCUGUGUGAAAGGCUCGCCAUCGCCGAGGAAGAGUCCGCGCGCCUACGACAGCUCGCCGGAGCGGACGUGCGUCCAGGACGACGCGGAGGGUUCGAGCUCACCCGUUCCCGACUGCCCUGAUACGCCACCCCAUAAAACCUUCAGGAAACUGCGGCUGUUCGACACUCCACAUACCCCGAAGAGUCUGCUGUCCAGAGCCAGGACUUCGGGCUCUACGAGCAGGAGAGUCGCUCUCUUCAAGAAUGUGGAUUCCAAAGGAAAGGCGAGUCUCGACGGAAGGCGAAACCAAACACCUCUGGUCAACAUUAACCCCUUCACCCCGGACUCGGUGGUCGUCCAGUCAUCAGCUCAACAAAGAAACAAUAGAAAGCGCUCUCACUGGAAUGACUCCUGUGGAGAGGACAUGGAGGCCAGUGAUGCUGAGAUUGAGGAGGAUAUUAUUCCACCUUCAAAGAGAAUUACAAUGAUGGAGAGUAACAUGAUGUCCAGAUAUGCAUCAGAGUUCCAUGAACUUGAAAAGAUUGGUUCUGGGCAGUUUGGCUCUGUGUACAAAUGUGUAAAAAGAUUAGAUGGCUGCAUCUAUGCAAUUAAGCGUUCCAAGAAACCUUUGGCAGGAUCUGUGGAUGAGCAAAAUGCACUUCGUGAGGUCUAUGCACAUGCAGUUCUCGGACAACACCCUCAUGUGGUGAGAUAUUAUUCUGCCUGGGCUGAAGAUGACCACAUGCUGAUCCAGAAUGAAUACUGCAAUGGUGGCACCUUGUCUGAUGCUAUUGCUGAGAACUACAGAUGCAUGCACUUUCUGUCUGAGCUGGAACUGAAGGACUUGUUGCUGCAGGUCUCUCGCGGACUCAAGUACAUCCACUCGACAGCGCUUGUGCACAUGGACAUUAAGCCAAGUAACAUAUUUAUUUCAAGGAAGUCUGCAGUGAGUGUUGAGGAGUUUGAAGAUGAGGAAGAUGGGCCCAGCACUAAUGUGGUAUACAAAAUAGGUGACCUAGGCCAUGUGACCAGGGUGACCAAUCCACAGGUUGAGGAGGGUGAUAGUCGAUACCUGGCUAACGAAGUUCUUCAGGAGGAUUAUAGUAACCUGACUAAGGCAGAUAUCUUUGCUUUGGCUCUGACUGUCGUCAGUGCAUCUGGAGCCGAGCCUCUGCCAACAAAUGGGGAACAAUGGCACAACAUCCGACAGGGAAUCCUACCCCACAUCCCACAAGUGCUCUCGCAAGAAUUUUUAAGUCUAUUAAAGCUCAUGAUUCAUCCUGACCCUACACAACGGCCAUCAACCUCUGACCUCAUUAAGCACCCUGUUCUACUGACAGCCUCAAGGAUGAAUGCUGAUCAGUUGCGUGUGGAACUUAAUGCAGAGAAAUUCAAGAAUGCCCUGCUCCAAAAGGAGCUAAAAAAAGCCCAGCUUGCUAAAGCUGCAGCAGAAGAAAGAGUUCUGUCUACAGACAGAGUCCUGACACGUUCCACAAUCCAGUCCAGCUCCAGAAGCUCUCGGCUUAUCGGGAAAAAGAUGAACCGCUCUCUAAGCCUCACAAUUUACUAACUGAACUUCAAAUUCAAAAUCAUUUGAGAAAGAAGAGUUUCCAGGUGCAGGAACAUUUGUGCUGUAUCAGAGAUUUCACAUGGAUGGUUUUCUUUUUCUUCCUGGUGGGACAGUAUGCAUUUUCUCAUGACUGUUUGUGCUCUACACUGUUCUGAUAAAAGCGUGGUGAUUUUUAAUGGAAGAAAAUCACACUUUCAUAGCAACUGAAAAUCUCAGUUCAAACUUCUCUUGCAGUUUGUACUGACCAUGGACUGCUUUAUAUUGCAUGGUCAAGUUUCUUUUUGCAAAAUUCCGUUUUUGCAUGUGUUUCACGUGUAGAUAUUUCUUAAGGUAGAAAACUUCCUUAUUGUUUUGUUUUCCUCUCUUCUCCAACUUUCACAGAGGUCUGCAUGUUGGUCAUUGCUUAUUAGAGCAGUGAUUUGUGAAAGUUUCAGACCUAAGACUUGUGCACCUUACUGCCUGUAAAAUGCCUUAUGUUGAGCAAUGAAGGUUGGGCCCUAUGUGUCAAUUACCGUUAAACCGAGCACUUUGGAGGGGAACUUGCCAGAAAGCCUGCUGCUAUUCAUGUUUGUCCGUAUCCAUUUGUGGUUGGAAAAUUUGAUAAUUUUUAUCAUUCUUUUUCCCCUCACCUUAAUCAUUGAUCUGUUUUGCCAUACAGACAUGUUGGAUUAUUUUCUCAGAGGUUAUGUCGUUCUUUUCCCACAUAUGCCUUUUUGUUUUUCAUGUAGAGCAGGAAUACAACUGAUCAUGUGAACAUGUUAUUUGGUUACAUUUAGAAACUGCAACUUAGCCUAAGUUCAUAUCACCAGUUGAAAUGUUUCCUUAGACUGUAAGCAAAAAUAAGACUUCAGCCUCAAGCCUGUUUGUAGCAUUAAAACAAUUGCAUUUUUAAAGCUUUCAGUUAGUCAUCAUUUUAUAAUCUGUAUUGCCACUGUACUAUUAUUAGGGUACUCUUUGGUUUCCCUUUUAGAUCUUGUACCAUAGCCUUGUUUUUUUUGUAAAUAUGUUCUUUUAAUAAACUAGAUCAACAAUU